AGAUUUUUCACAGAAAAAUACUUUUUUAAGACUUUAUUAAUAGUUAAUAAUUACGCAGAUAUGGAUAACGAGAAAAGCACCAUGCUCGCUGUUUUGCAGCUAUUGAAGAAGUACAAUUUGAAAGGGACCGAAGAAUUGUUUAGAAAAGAAGCCAAUCUCACAGACAUCUCGGCUGAAGAAGCUCAACAAACUGAUUCCGAAGUGACCAGUGUUCUUUCUGCUUACAAGAGCGAAGGGGAUCCUGCACAGUAUGAGAAGGCGUACAGCGAAUUGAAGAAAUUUGUAGAAGGCGCUUUGGACAUUUAUAAGCAUGAAUGGGGAACCAUACUAUACCGUUUGGUGCAUAUGUAUCUGGAAUUAGUUUACAAUAAUCAUUCCAAAGAGGCAAAACAGCUCAUGGAAAAGUUCAGUGAAAACUUGGAAGAAUAUUAUCAGGAUGACUUGAAAAGAUUAUCCAAUGUAACAAAAAGAGAGCAAAUGGCGGGGAAUGAAUUAACUGACACAUUUAAAUCUAAUCAGUUUAUAAUUAGAAUGUCGAGGGAUACGCUUUCUAUAUUAAAGAGACAUUUGCAAGAAAAGAAACACAGUGUCCUAUUAAACAUUAUACAGGAGCAUCUUUACUUUGACAUGUACGAGGGUGUUGCUCGUAAUAAAGAACAGAUAGAUGCAACAUCCGGCGCUAUGGUGGGUGAAGCCACUAGACAAGAUAACAAGGCCAAAGUGUAUUAUGGACUUUUAAAGGAACCAGAUAUUCAAUGCAUGGCGCCAGCUGAGGAAGAAGAGGAUGAUACCGGUGGUGGAGAUGGAGAUAAACCAAAAAAGAAGAAGGCUAAGAAGGAUCCUUUGUUUUCGAAAAAAACGAAAUCGGAUCCAAACGCACCACCUGUGGGCAGAAUGCCAUUGCCUAAUCUGAAAGAUGCAGAUAAACUGGAAAAAGUUAAGGCGUUGAGGGAAGCUUCGAAAAGAGUUCUUCUGGGGCCUGAUACCCUACCAUCUAUAUGUUUUUAUACAUUGCUGAAUGCAGUUCAUACUGUAACAGCGGCGGAAGUAGCAGAAGACUCGAGUUUAUUAGCCAUUGGCUUCAGUGAUUCUGGUAUAAAAGUUUGGAGCUUAGUUCCACAAAAAUUAAGGUUGAUGAAAACGGGUGAACUAUUAAACGACGUCGAACGAGAAGCAGAAGAUGUACUGGUUAGAAUGAUGGACGAUAGAACAGCUGAAACUGCAAGACAUCUAUAUGGUCAUAGUGGACCAAUUUAUAGCCUUUCAUUUAGUCCAGAUAGAAAUCUUCUGCUUUCAUCGUCAGAAGAUACCACAAUAAGACUAUGGUCACUCCAUACAUGGACAUGCGUCGUAUGUUACAAAGGCCAUCUAUUUCCUGUGUGGUGUGUAAGAUUCUCACCGCAUGGAUAUUACUUUGCAAGUGCUUCCAAUGACAAAACUGCCAGACUAUGGGCAACUGAUUCUCACCAACCACUACGAAUAUUUGCUGGUCAUUACUCAGAUAUUGAUGUAAUUCAGUUUCAUCCAAAUUCGAAUUACGUCGCAACUGGUUCGAGCGACAUGACUGUGAGAUUAUGGGAUUGUGUGACUGGCAGUCAGGUCCGAUUAAUGACCGGACACAAGGGGUCGAUAUUUUCUCUCGCUUUUUCAACGGAGGGACGAUUUUUGGCUUCAGCCGGUGCCGAUCAUCGCGUGCUCGUGUGGGAUUUAGCUCAUGGUCAUCUCGUCGCAGCCUUAUCAGGCCAUACGAAUAACAUUCAUUGUCUGUCAUUUAGUCGAGACGGCAAUAUUCUAGUCUCAGGAUCCCUAGACUAUGCGCUGAGAUUAUGGGAUUUCACAAAAUUAGCGGAGGAAAUGAGUCUGGAAGAUGUGAAUGUCUCGCACAAUCCGGAUGUGAAGACCAAUGCGGAAUCCUAUUUGUUGCGUACCUUUGCUACAAAAAAUACGUCUAUUCUGACAGUACAUUUUUCACGUAGAAAUUUACUGUUAGGUAUCGGUAUGUUCGAUUCGAUGUAAUUUAUCAUUACGUCUCAGAUUUAUCAGAUUUUACAUACACAGAAGACUCGAAUACAUAUUAAGUAUUACAUAUGAUAUAAU